AUGUCCGUCGACCCGAUUUCGCUUGCAUUAAGUACUGGUGCUAUUGCACUUGCUCUGAAAGGCGCUAUUGACACGGCCCUGUUCGUUGAGUCGUUCUUCGAUAGAGAUAUGAUAAGUUACGGCUAUCUAGAAACUUGUUACAGCACUGAAAGAGUCUGGCUACAGAUUUGGCGGGAGACUUGCAACGUCUGCGAAAAUAAUGAUGGCAUCUUGCAGGAGAAACCAGAGUACCUGAAAAAACAGGUGAUUCACAUUCUCAAUACUGUCCAUGAUUUGAGCCAGGACGCCAAAAAGAUGAUCGACAGAUAUCAGAUUGUCGCUCCGGAAACUUCAGUCAAAGAUUUGAACAAGGUCGUCAAGUCCGGACAUCCAUCACAGACCAAGAAUGUCGCCGAUUUGAGACCAAACUCGAGGGUAAGAUGGAUCAUCAAGGGCAGGGCCGAGUUCGAGCAGAUUAUACGCCGAUUUCGUGAGCAGAAUCGUGACCUAGAAAGACUGACCCUCGGGCCUGGAGCGCGGGAUGGAUUAGCCUCGCGUGUCGUUUCCGGGAUCCCAGAGUCUAGUCUCGCAGGGUUUGCUCAAGGAUUGCAUAUCGUGCCCAAAACCAAUAUUGCGCUUGCAGCUUCAGUGAAGGCUCUUCAGCCAUCAUUAGAAAAUCAGACCCUUACUUCAACUCAGUUGAUGGGAGAACGACUCAAAAUGGUUGGCCCGCAAAGCACUCGAGACUCGGCAACAGGAAUGUUAUCAUUGGCGGACGGAAGCCAGGCACCCGUUUGGAUCGAGUGGAUCAUACUGGAGGAUGGACAAAACAGCAACACCAACGCCUACAUCAGCAGGAUCAAUUCUCUGGGAGGACUAUUGGAGCGGGUCGGUGAUCCUAUGCUACAUCUCCUCCCAUGCCAUGGCGUCUUUCGCGAUACAAACUAUCAACAAAAAUAUGGAAUCCUUAGGCUAGGCUACGUCUUUGGUGUGCCGCAAGGAAACGACUACGAAAGCGAUCUUGUUGAGAGCCCGCCAAUAUCACUGAGACAGCUCAUUGACGGAUCAAAUGAUACCGAUAAUCGCGGUCGACUGCCGAGACCUUUCCUUGGCGAUCGAUUUCUACUCGCCUACGAUUUAGCGGCAUCUUUCGGUCUUUUCCAUGCCGCUGGAUGGCUACACAAGGGUCUUCAUGCCGGAAGUGUGACCUUCCUCCAGAGGUCUACGCAGCGCUCCUCAGCCAUAGAGUUGCGGGAUCCCUUUGUGACAGGCUUCCAGUAUUCCCGUCCACAAUCAAGUGAGUCUCUCUCUCGUGGACCACUUGAAAACAAGGACCUCGACUAUUAUUAUCACCCGGACGUUGGAAGAGGCUUUACCAAGCGCAGAGAUCUGUAUGGUUUAGGUGUUAUCCUGCUGGAGAUAGGUCGCUGGGGUCUUAUAGCCGACGCUGUCAGCGAAAGGAACCGGCCUCAAGAUCGCCAAGCUUGGCACACUUUCCUAAUGAAAAAGGCCGUUCCAGAUGUAGGAUGGAGGAUGGGAGAAAGAUACGAGAAGGUGGUUCGCGUGCUAUUGGAGUGCAAACUGCCAGGAGACGAGCACGAUAAGGAUUUCUAUUUCCAACAAUUCCAGGAAAGGGUACUCGAGCCCUUGAGCUCAUGUAGUGCUUGA